CUGCACAAGAUCCAUUUUGAUUUGACGUGGCUGUAUAAUAUAUAUUUUUCAAUAUUUGAACUGAAAAAGGUAAUACAAAUUGUUUCAUAAUGAUUCAUCAAAGAACAAAGCAGAGAGAGUGAUCAUUUGGAGUGUAAUCAGAUAGAGAGAGAAGAGGGGACUGCCUCUAAAAUGAGUCUCUCUGGGGAGAGGGAGGAGGGGGCCUCUGCCUCUAAAAUCAGAAUGUUUGGGGAACAUGACACCACAGCUAAGAGGGUAAAACGGCAGAAGAGACCAGCCUCCACUGUACCCAGCUGUGUGUCCAUGAAGAGUGACAAGUCUAUGAGUGAACCUUUGAACUUCAAAACAGGAUAUUCAGGGGACCAUAUAAAGGGACCAGCAUCUCCUGUACCCAGCUAUGUGUCCAUGAAGAGUGACCGGUCUAUGAAUCAUCCUAUAUGGUUCAGACAGGGAGACUUCUCUACUGAUCAAAGAGACCAACAGGAGAGAUCAGAGUCUGAGAUUCUCAGUGGUCAAUCUGUCCAGAGUCAUCAAACAGACCUGUCCUCUAUAUUCAGUUUACUUGAACAGAAUAUCAUGAUGUUUGUGAAGAAAGAGUUAAAGAGGUUUAAGACAAUGCUGAGUUCAGAUCUCCCAGAAGGAUUUAAGAGUCAGAGGGAGGAUGAGGAAGGUGUGGACCCUGAAGAUGAGAAGCAGGAGAGCAGUGCUAAAGAGGGGGCUCUGAAGAUCACACUGCAUGUCCUGAGGAACAUGAACCAGAAGGAUCUUGCUGACACACUGGAGAAAAAUGAGUUUGCUGUGAUUUGCCAACAUGAUCUCAAAUCUAACCUGAAGAAGAAGUGUCAGUGCUUAUUUGAGGGUAUCGCUAAACAAGGGAACCCAACACUUCUCAAUAAGAUCUACACAGAGCUCUACAUCACAGAGGGUGGAAGUGGAGGAGUCAAUAAUGAACAUGAGGUGAGACAGAUUGAGACAACAACCAGGAAACAAACAAGACCAGAGACAGCAAUCAAAUGUAAUGACAUCUUCAAACCCACACCUGGAAAGGACAAAUCUAUCAGAACUGUGAUGACAAAGGGAGUUGCUGGAAUUGGAAAAACUGUUUCUGUCCAGAAGUUCAUUCUGGACUGGGCUGAAGGAAAAGCCAAUCAGGAUGUCCAAUUUGUAUUUCCCCUCCCUUUUAGGGAGCUGAAUUUGAUGAAAAGGGAAAAUCUCAGUUUGAUUCAACUCAUCAAUAAUUUUUUUAUUGAAACCAAUAAAGCAAGAAUCUUUAACUACAACAAAUACAAAGUUGUGUUCAUCUUUGAUGGUCUGGAUGAGUGCCGACUGCCCCUUGACUUCCAGAACAACAAGAGCUGUUAUGAUGUCACAGAGUCAACCUCAGUGGAUGUGCUGCUGACAAACCUCAUCAAGGGAAAUCUGCUUCCCUCUGCUCUCCUCUGGAUAACUACCAGACCUGCAGCAGCCAAUGAGAUCCCUUCCAAGUGUGUUGACCUGGUGUCAGAGGUGAGAGGGUUCAAUGACCCACAGAAAGAGGAGUACUUCAGGAAGAGAUUCAGUGAUGAGGACCUGGCCAGCAGAAUCAUCUCACACAUAAAGACAUCAAGGAGCCUCCACAUCAUGUGUCACAUACCAGUCUUCUGUUGGAUCGUUGCUACAAUCCUUGAGUACAUGUUGACUACAGAUGAUAAAGGAGAGCUGCCCAAGACCCUAACAGACAUGUACUCACACUUCCUUGUGUUUCAGUCCACACACAGGAAUGUAAAGUAUGAUGCCAAAAAAAAGACAGAUGCACACUUGAAUAAAGAGAGCAUUCUAACACUUGGAAAACUAGCUUUUCAACAGCUACAGAAAGGCAAUCUGAUCUUCUAUGAAGAAGACCUGAAAGAGUGUGGCAUUGAUAUCAAUGAGGCAUCAGUGUACUCAGGAGUCUGUACACAGAUCUUUAGAACAGAGCCUGUGCGCCAUGAGAAGGUAUUUUGCUUUGUCCAUCUUAGCAUUCAGGAGUUUCUAGCUGCUCUCUAUGUGUUUCUCUCAUUCAACAACAACAAUAGGAAUCUAAUAGAUGAACAACAAUCAACCAUUAUAACACAUCUGCCCUGGAAAGUACCUGAAAUAUAUUUGCACAAGACUGCUGUGGAUAAAGCCUUCCAGAGUAAGACUGGACACCUGGACCUUUUCCUUCGCUUCCUUCUGGGUCUCUCACUGGAGUCAAAUCAGAAGCAUUUACGAGGUCUACUGACAAAGACCAGAAGCAGCUCACAGAGCCAUGAAGACACAUUCAAGUACAUCAAGAAGAAGAUCAGGAAGAAUCCCUCUUCAGAGAGGUGCAUCAAUCUGUUCCACUGUCUGAAUGAACUGAAUGACCAUUCUCUAGUGGAGGAGAUCCAAAGAUACCUGAGUUCAGGACGUCUCUCCAGAGAAGAACUGUCACCUGCACAGUGGUCAGCUCUGGUCUUUGUGUUACUGACUUCAGAAGAGGAGAUUGAUGUGUUUGACCUGAAGAAAUACUCCACAUCAGAGGAAGGUCUUCUGGGGUUGUUGCCAGUGAUCAAAACCUGCAGAACUGCUCAACUGUCAGGUUGUGGAAUCACUGAGGAAGGCUGUGCUUCUCUGGUCUCAGCUCUAAAGUCAAACCCCUCACACCUGAAAGAGCUGGAUGUGAGUAACAAUGACCUGAAGGAUACGGGAGUGGAGAAGCUCUCUGCUCUGCUGAAGGACCCACAAUGUAGACUGGAGACUCUGAGACUGUCAGGGUGUGGAAUCUCUGUGCUUGCUUCUCUGGUCUCAGCUCUGAAGUCAAACCCCUCACACCUGAAAGAACUGGAUCUGAGUAACAAUGACCUGAAGGAUACAGGAGUGGAGAAGUUCUCUGCUCUGCUGAGGGACACAGAAUGUAGACUGGAGACUAUAAGACUGUCAGGUUGUGGAAUCACUGAGGAAGGCUGUGCUUCUCUUGUCUCAGCUCUGAAGUCAAACCCCUCACACCUGAAAGAACUGGAUCUGAGUAACAAUCAGCCAGAGGAUUCAGAAGUGAAAGAACUCUCUGCAAUACUGAAGGAUCCACAAUGUCGACUGAAGACUCUGAAACUGUCAGGUUGUGGAAUCACUGAGGAAGCCUGUGCUUCUCUGGUCUCAGCUCUGAAGUCAAACCCCUCACACCUGAAAGAACUGGAUCUGAGUAACAAUGACCUGAAGGAUACGGGAGUGGAGAAGAUCUCUGCUCUGCUGAAGGACCCACAAUGUAGACUGGAGACUCUGAGGCUAUCAUGCUGUCUAGUCACAGAGAAAGGCUGUGCUUCUCUGGUCUCAGCUCUGAAGUCAAACCCCUCACAUCUGAAAGAACUGGAUCUGAGCUACAAUCACCCAGGAGACUUGGGAGUCAGACUGCUCUCUGCUGGACUGGAGGAUCCACACUGGAGACUGGAGAAACUCCAGUAAGUCCUGUAG